GUUAAAACUCCAACAAUGGCUGUUUCUCGGCUCUACUCAUCCCUGUGGAUUACAGGCAUCGCGCUUGUGAGUGUUCUUCACAUGAGUCUGGGAUUGUUGUCUGACUACAAGAUCUGUGGGGACUCCGAGUGUGAAAGCCCGAUAAGCAGGGUGCAGGCCAUCAGGGACCACCGCGCCAAGGACUGUCGUUUCCUGAGCUUCAGACGAGGAGACACCAUCUCUGUUUACCACAAACUGAGUGGACAGAGGGAAGACCUGUGGGCAGGGAGUAUUGACAAACAGUUUGGCUAUUUCCCAAAGGAUGCAGUGCAGGUGGAGCAAGUUUAUGCAGCUAAUGAGAAAGUUGUGGAAACACAGAGAUCUGAUUUCUUCUGUAUGGAUGAGUCUGGUUAUCCUAUUGACGCCAGUGAUCUGGACAGUGAUGAUGAAACUGAUAACCAGACAAUCCAAAUCCACGAAUCAGAAUCACACAACGACGACACAAGCGUUGAAAGUCCUUCAACGUCGGCGGAUCCCUCUACAGAAUUCCCAGUUUCAACUCAGCAAUCUGAAGACACAUCAACAGAGGGAAAUGAAAACAAAAACACUGGUGAUGCUGCUGCAGGGACUCACAAGGAAGCACACGACAAUCCUGAAGCUCUGAAUGAACAAGGUGGGUCUCCCUCCUCUUCAUGGCUUGGUUCUUCAGUGACAGGAUGGUUGGGUCUGGGAAAAGAGGAGGAAUCUAUCAAUUUGCCUGAAGAAGAGGAAGACGAAGGGAAAGAAUCACAAGCCAAAACUUCAACUUCAUCAGUGACAGGAUGGCUGGGGUUUGGAGGAGAAGGAAAAACUGAUGAUGCUGUGAAACGCGGAGAAGACAAAACUAAAGAAACUGAUGAUUCUUACACUUCAGCCUUCACUGGUUGGCUCGGCUUCGGAGGAGACGCAAAAACAGAUUCCGCCGAAAAGGAGCAGGAUGGCACAAGAGAAGUGAAGGAAGAAAAUGAGCCAAAAGUAACAUUCAGGAGCAGGAGGAUGUCUCUUGACCUCGAGGGUAGCCAAUUACACGAAGAAGAGGAGAAAGAGGUGCAGACAUUGGAUUGGUUAGGGAACGGACUGUCACGCACGCUGGGAUUUGGCGUGACCAAUCAGGAGUCAGAGCGUGAGAGAAAUGCUGAAAAGGAAGCUGAGAAGGGAAGUGAGGAAGAGGAAGAACAGCCAUCGUCUGGUUCUUGGUUUGGGAUCGGGGACAUUUUAGGAUUCGGGAAAAACAAGAAUAAAGUUGACGAGCGUCAAGACAGUGGCUUUAAAGACACAGAAGAGGACAAAACCACAGAAGAAGACACUCUUUUAGAGAAUGUAGACACCAGUGAAACACAGGGAGAGGAGAAGCAAAAAGAAACUGACAAAGAGCGACUGGAGGAAAAGCUUGAGACGGAAACAAUAACAGAAGAGGGAGAUAAUAGUGUCAAUAGCAGUUCCAACAAAGACACGGUUCUUCAAACUGAGCCAGAAGCAGAGUCUACCACCUCAGCGCUGGAUGAAGACGAGAGUCAAAAAUCUGAAAUCAAUCUAGGGCCUGAGCUCAGUUCUGUGGAUUUAAAUUCAGACUCCACUGCUCAACCUGUUGGUAAAGCUGAGGAAGAUGAAAAAGAUAAGCAGCAAAGAGAGACAACAGAUAGAGGGGGAGAGGAAGAGGGUGAUGAGUCAAAGGAAGAGGAAAAGCAGGAGAAGAUGGGGGUAAAGCAAAGUGUGAACCAGGAUGGAUUAAAAGAGGUGGGAGAGAUACAGGAAGAGGAGUUACAGCAGGAAAAACAACAGGAGGAGACGCUGGAUGAGGCAGAGGAGUUAAAAGGAAAAGUGAAGCAGCAGGGAGUGAAGGAAAUACAAGAAGAGGGGAAACAGGAAGAGAUGGAGGAAUUAAACAAGGUGGAAGAAAUAAAUGGAGAGGAAGGGCAGAAGUUAAUAGAGGUGAUGAAAGAAAAGGACAAACAGCGCAUCGAGGAGUUAAAGGAUGACAACAAAAGAGAGGAGGUGGAGGAGGCUAAGGAAGAUAAAAAACAGGAGGGUGAGAAAGCUGAGUUAAAGGGGGAGAAGAAGCAGGAGGAGGUGGAGGGGCCGAAAGAGGUAGAGAAAAAACCUGAGAUGGAGGAGGCAAACGAGGAGAGGAAACAAGACAUGGUGGAGGAGAUACAGGAAGAGGUGAAGAGAGAAGAGCCAGAGGAGGUAAAAGGGGAGAGUGAGCUCAAGGAAGAAGGGAAACAGGAGGAGUUAAAGGAAGCGGAGGAAAUAAAUGGAGAGGAAAAGAAGAAGGAAAUAGAGGAGAUUAUAGAAAGGGAGAAACAAGAGGAAGAGGAUGCAAAAGAAGAGAAGAGCGAGGAGGAAUUAGAGGAGUUCAAUGAGGAAAGAAAGCAGGAGAAAGAGGAGGUGGAGGAAGAGAAAAGGGAGUUUGAGGAAAUGCAGCAGGUGAAUUACGUUGAGGGGGACAGGAGGGACAAAGAGGAAGAGGAUGGCCUUAAAUGUUUACAUGAGCGUUGUCCACAAGCUACUGAUGAUGAAUCUGUGACAGACAGAGGUGAGAAUAUCUCUGAGGAUGGAGUGAGCUCAGCAGACGGAGGUAAAAUCCAGAGAGGAAGUGAAAACAGUCACAUAGGAGAGAUUCAGACAAAAGCUUCUGAGGAAACUAAGAGAGACAUAAUAGGACAGGAAGAAGAUGGUUUGGACGUUUAUGAGACACAAGACAUUGAUCUGCCACAUUCAGGAGAGAACAGAGAAGAGGGUCAAUCGUAUCCUGGUGAUCCAAAACACACAGAUCUCUAUCAAGGCAAUGAUAAUGAGUCCAAAGAUGCUGAAACUAGCAGCGAUGGAAUUUCCAUUGAGAGGAAACCAAAGCAAAUACAGUCAAAUACAGAUCAUGAGACAGAUGAUGUAGGGAAUGAGAGCUCUGAUUCACAGAUGAAUGAAUCCGUUGAAAGUCAGAUAUCUGAACAAACUGUGCCCCUUCUGUCUGAAGAACCUGCUGGAUCUUCACUUCCGCCUGAUGAUCUCAACACGAGAGCAGCAGAGACUGGAAAUGGAGGAGCUUUCGGUCUUUUUAAAAACGCCUUCAGCUAUUUAAGCCAAACACGUGACACUGAAACAGAGGAUGGUGUUGAUUCUGGUUUGGAGACAAAUACAGGUGAGACGUCUCAGCCACAAGCCUCUCAGAUCUAUGAACAGGAAGUAAACUCCAACGCUGAUUCGAAUCAGAUUUAUACACAAGAUCUUCCAGGCACCAUGGCCACAGAGCAGCCACAGCCUACCCCUUCCUCUGCCAGCAUCCAGACAUCACCCAUGUCUCAUUCUCAUCCCCAUACUCCCUCUCUGCACACACAUUUCCUCUCCAAGCACUACACAAACCUCCCCGCUUAUAUGACGGUGGAGGAGGUGAAUGUUUUGACGGAGCUCUUUGGGCGACACAAGCUCCAGUUUUUAGACUACAUGUUGGGGAGCUCAGAAACCGUGCCUGCGGAGCCUGAUGAAUCUAUAUUGUCAGACAUAGAAAGACUUCUGCAUCAUCACAGGGAGACCCUGACGUCUGCUAGCAUGAGACUCGCAGAUGCUCCACAGGAGGACAAGGAAAAGACCAGGACGCUCAUCGCUCUACAGAAACUAGAGAUGCUGAUCACAAGAGUGAGAGAGACUUUCAGCACAGGAAAAUCAGACAGUAGCAAAGGAAACCAUCAAGCCGAGGCCAGCUGUGUCGGUGCAUCUUGUUCAACUCACAGCAAAGAUCACGAAAUGAGCCCUGUGGACAACUCAAGGAAGACAGAGGAUACUUCUGUAGCCGCGGAUAACAACAUCCAGAGUGAUGACAUGACGGAUGUGGGGAAUGUUGGAAAAGAAAGGGAUGAGAAAAGAGGAGGGGAUAAUGAUGGAUGUGGGGAAGAGUGUCCUCAGAAUCAGUCAGAAUCACCGCAGUCACAGGAAGGAGUAAUGGAGCAAAUUCUGGACUUUGUUCAUCAGAUCGGUGAAGAAUCAGCCGCUCAUGUUCAUGCAGUGAGGGAGCGUCUCACAUGGAUGGCACAGACUAACCGGCCAAAUGGAAUAGAAGCGGACAUGGCGGAACACCCGGCAAGCGAGCAGUUCUCCAGCGAGGCGGCCGACUUCCAGACGGCGGCCGAGGCUUACUACACUAUCGCCGUUGAGAAAGUGAAGGAUGUUGUGUCGUCACUGCCUGACGACAUCAGACCCGGGCCAGACCUGUAUGGCGUACCGUGGGAACCAGUCAUCGUCUCCAGUUUGGUGGGACUGGUGACAGUGCUGCUGUUCACCUGUAGAUUUUAUAGCUCUGUCAAAAGCAGAAUGUAUCGAAGUAAAGAGCAUUGGAUGGCAGCACAGGUUACACAGUUGCUGGAUGAGAAGUGUGAAGUCCUUGAGACUCUUAGUAAAUGUCAACAAGAGUAUGAUGAACUGGAGGACUCACUCAGGGACAGUGGUGUGUUGGCCCAAACUCAAAAGACAGAACAUCUGGAGAUGAAAGCUGGACAGUUGGAAAAUGCUAAAAAGGAGCUUGAAAGGGAUCUCGACCAACUAAAGGAUCAACUGGACCAGCAGAAACAACAUAGGAAAGAACAAGAAAGAAGGAUAGCAGUGCUUGAGGAGAGCAUGGAAACAUUUGAAGAAGAAUCCAAAGACCUCCAGUCACAGGAAGAACAGGCACAAACUACUCUGAAAGUUUACAGUAUGAACAGUGACCGAUUACAAAGGAACCUGGAAACAGUGGGAGAGCAGAACACACUGCUACAAGAGAGCAAUGCUCAGCUGAGGCAGCAGGUGGAGGGAUGGGCAGAAAGAGUGAAUGAGUUGGAGGCAGAGAUGCAGAGGUGCGAGGUCACAUUCAGCGGGAUGCAGCAGGAUGUGGCCAAUAAGGAUGAGCGUAUAAUGUCGUUGACAGACUGCCUGCUGAAGAUGAAGGCUUGGGAUUCGGAUCUUGAGGAAGAGGAAGGAGCUGAGAAGGAGACGUCCAAUGGUGCACCAGGAAAAGAAAAGGAGAAUGGAAAAGGGGGCAUAACGGACCCACAAGGUCAUUUCCAGAAAGUCCAAAAGCUAAUUUAUGCUGCUAAGCUUAACGCCGACCUCAAAUCAGUAGAUGAAGACAAGGACAGAGUAUUUGCCAAACUGAAUGACGAAGUAAAAGCUAAAGAAGACCUUCAAGUGAGCAUUAAAGAGCUGGAGAAUGAGAAACUAUCUCUGCACUCAGAUGCGGAAAACUACUCGGAUCAGGUCCAACGAUUACAACAGAAACUCCAUAUUAUGACAGAAAUGUACCAGGAGAAUGAGCUGAAGCUGCACAGACUGCUGACAGUAGAGGAGAAGGAGCGACUGCAAAAAGAAGAGAAGUUAAAUAGAGCUGACAAAAACAUUGCAUUGGCCAUGGAAGAACUCAACAACUACAGACAACGAGCAGAAGAGAUGGAGGAAGAGCUGGAUAAAUCCAAACAGUCUUACCAGACCCAGAUAUCAGCACAUGAGAAGAAGGCUCACAACAACUGGCUUGCAGCUCGAGGGGCAGACAGAGAUCUAACAGACAUCAGGAGAGAAAAUGCCCUCAUGAGACAGAAGCUGACAGACACACAGUUCAAACUAGACGCCUUUGACAAAGAUCCAUAUGCUUUGGACAGUCUGGCCAGACCAAUGCCUUUCAGAGCUGAAAGGUCACCAUAUGGUCCUUCUCCUCUGGGUCGACCAGCAUCUGAAACCAGAGCUUUUCUUUCUCCUCCUACAUUAAUGGAUGGACCAUCUCCUCGAUUGUCUCCUAGAGUCGGCCGUGGUCCCAUGGAGCCAUCAGGUGGCCAUGGGGACAUGGAGCGGAGUGGAGGGCCUCACUCAGACAGUGGCUCAAUCUCUCCCACAUGGGACAGAGAUCGCAGGGGACCCCCGCCAGGACCCCCAGGGCCCCCAGGGCCCCCUGGGCACCUAGGACCUCCAGGCUAUAUGUUCCCAGAACCAGGAGGUCCCAUGUACAGGAGACCUCCCCCUGGCCCUCCUCCUCCCCAUCUUAGGGGGUUCCCUCCUGCUGGUCCACCAGGACCUCCACGCCCCACAGACAUGCCAGAUGGCUUUUAUAGAGACAACAGCCUUGGACCUGGUGAACAGGAAUACAGAGAGUCUGGUCCUGGUGAUCGAAGGACUCCCCCUGAAGGAGAUCCAAGGAUGGGGGGCCCUCCCCCACCUGGAGCCCCAAUGGGCCCCAUGGAUGGUCCCUUUCCUCGUAGAGCUCCCUAUGGACCCCCACCUCCUGAUUUCUACCCUCCCAGGGGACCGGGGGGCCCUUCCAUGAUGCCUAGGUGGGCACCUCCACCUCAGGGGAUGAUGUUCCCUCCUCGUUUUCCUCAUGGUCCAGCUCCUCAUCCUCACUAUGCUCCCCCCAUGCGGCCCCUUCCACCCGACGGCUUCCACCCUCCCUCCGUGGGUCCUCCUCCUCCUCAGCAGCCCCUCCCCUCGCCACCACACAGCCAGUCACCAGAAGAGCACAGACCCUCACCUGAAGAUGCCAUUUGAUCCUGAGCAGGUUUCUACUCAAGCUGUGAGAUGAUGUAUUUCAGGUUCAAAUCAAAUUCAGUGGUAUGUAUGGCGGGCAGAUUGCAGUUUACCACUGUUGCAUAUUUAACAUAUGGAAUAAAUAGUGUUAACAGACAGGAAACAUCAGCCUUCGUCAGCCUGUUUGGUUGUUGUCUGUCUACAUCGACUCCUUUUUUCAUCCUUUUCUCUCUUUCUUCUGCCUUCUUUCAUUUUGUUUUUACCGCUCUCUGUUUCAUCGUCAUCCAGAUACUUUCUCAUUGUGGUCUUCCUCUCAUUGUGGAGAAAGCAAUAUAUGCCUAAUCUGUAUGUCUGUGUGUGGGAGAAUGUUGCCACAUGAACUAGAAACAAAUUGAGCUUGAUGAUGGCAGAAAGGUUUUUAAUGUCACUUGAAAUGUGUGCAUGUAGAGAUGCUGAAUGUGGCGGAGAAAAAAAAGUUUUACGUAUUGGAACCAGUCAACAUUUCAUCCUGAUGGCACAGAAAUCUAAAUGAUCCCGAGCUGUCAGGAACGAAAUGUAAUUUCACCGCCUAAUACCCUUUAUUUCUUAGGACAACACUCUUGCAAUUGUCACCAUGAUUUUUUUUUUAUUAGUCAUUUAGCGUCUGCGUUGUUGACCUGGAUUGAACUACACAAAAUUCAGAUCCCACCAGGUCUUCUUUUCUCUGUGACUGGACUGAGUUGAUCUAAAACUCUCUUCAAUUUCCCCCCAGAGGUCCAAUGAGAGUUUUCUUAAAAUAUAAUUAAAGCGAGUAACUUAAUUUCCCCGAGUUUCCUGCAGGACUUGGUGGAUUCUGAGCAGAAGAUGAACAGUGCUUUUGAUUGUUGUUACAAUGACUUGCAUGUGACCCAUGCUUGAAAACAAAUGUGGCUUUAAGAAGAGACUUGUGUGUUUUGUCGAGGUUGAGAUUCAUCGUGUAACAUAUUGGUAAAUAAAAUGGAGUGAUCGGAAGAGAAAGCAAACACCCAUGUGAAUUUUGUAAAAAAGUGAUUAUUAAUAGAUGAAUAAAGACUGUCAAAUUGU